UCUGAGUUUUUUAUUUUAUUUUUCUCAUUGGUAGAUAAUCUUAAAUUGCAUACAUUUACACAAAGCCCAAAAAGAAAAAUACAAAAGCAUACCAACCGGAAGAAACACAUACACAGGGCAAACUCAACUACAAACGAUUGAAGCUGCUUGCCAUGGAACAAAUCCAUAAAACAGUCCUUGUGCAUCCCUCAUGUCUUUAAGCGUUCAUCGAACAUAACGCCCACCAUCUACACCAAAGAUGUUCGAAUCACCACGUACACAUGAAGAAAAUGUAUGUGUAAGCAAGAAAGAGCAUUUGCAGACAUGCGAAUCGAAAGGACAAAUUCACAUGCAGAAAGCAUCAAUAGAAACUCUAGUCGCUAUUUUCGCCACGUCCCAAAUCCUCAGCCCACACUAUUUGCCUAUAAAUACUAGGGCCCUUGAUCUUGCCAUAACCCACCAUAAAAAAGAGUUUCAACAAGCAUGUCUUCCUCUACUUUGUUUUCUCUUACACUUUGCUUUCUUGUUCUCUUCAAUUGUUGCUUUGCUCAGAUAGAGCAAGUGACCUCGCGACAUGGCCAGCAACAAGCUCGACGACGCAACUUUCAAUGCCAACUUCAGAAGAUCAAUGCCCUCGAGCCUGCUCGGAGGAUUAAAUCAGAGGCUGGUGUCACUGACAUUUGGGACGAAAAUGAUAAGCAGUUUCAAUGUGCUGGUGUUGCAGUUAUCCGCCAUAGAAUUCAGCAGCGAGGCCUCUUGUUGCCUGCAUACUCUAAUACCCCUAAGCUUGUCUAUGUAGAGCAAGGAAGGGGCAUUCAGGGAGCUGUAUUCGCUGGCUGUCCAGAGACAUUCCAAUCAUCAGGGAAGUUUUCUCGAGAUCGUAGUCAAAGCUCCGAAGACCAGCACCAGAAGGUUCGACAAGUAAGAGAGGGUGAUGUAGUUGCCUUGCCUUCGGGAGUUGCUGAUUGGUUUUAUAACAAUGGUGAUUCACCUCUCGUUCUUGUUCAACUUCUUGACACAAGCAAUCCUGCCAAUCAGCUUGAUCAGGAUUUCAGGAAUUUUUUCCUUGCUGGAAACCCACAACGAGAAUUGCAAAGCCAAAGAAGCUCAUACCAGAGAGACCAGGAUGAAGGUCAACGUGGACGCCAAGACGAAGGUGAAGGUCAGAGACACCAGCAAGACAGACACCGCAAUGUCUUCGGCGGCUUCGAUGAGAAAAUCCUGGCAGAAGCUUUCAACAUUGACACCAGACUAGCAAGAAGCAUAAGGAACGAAAAAGAUAACAGAGGCAUCAUUGUCCGAGCUGAGCAUGAGCUUCAGGUGGUAAGUCCACAUCAGAGCCGAGAGGAAGAAGAACGUGAAAUUGGAUACCGAGGGGGACGAGGUGGUGGAUUCAAUGGCAUAGAGGAAACUUUCUGUACUGCUAGGUUGAAGCACAACAUCAAUGACCCAGAACGUGCUGAUUUCUUUAAUCCACGUGCUGGACGCCUCACCAUUGUCAACAGCCUCAAUCUCCCUAUCCUUCGAUCUGUCCAGCUUAGUGUUGAGAGAGGUGUACUCUACCCGAACGCUUUGAUGUCACCGCAUUGGAAUAUGAAUGCCCACAGCAUAAUCUACAUCACUAGGGGAAAUGGAAGGAUUCAGAUUGUUGGAGACAAUGGACAAACGAUAUUUGAUGGAGAACUCCGCGAGGGUCAAGUAGUUACAGCACCACAAAGCUUUGCAGUAGUGAAGAAGGCAGGAAGCCAAGGGUUCGAGUGGGUAUCAUUUAAAACCAACGACAACGCACAAGUUAGUCAAUUGGCUGGACGUGUCUCUACCAUCCGCGGUUUGCCAGUGGAAGUGGUAGCAAAUUCAUUCCAGAUCUCAAGGGAAGAUGCUAGGAGGCUUAAGAACAACAGGGAGGAAGUUAGAGUUUUUAGUCCUUCACAAUCUGGAAGGAGUCAUGAGAUUGCAUGAAUGCAAUUGUAAGCUGAACAAGUAAGAGGCUGUAUGUCUAAAUCAGUAGAGAAUGAAAUAAGCCUAAGAGGGCAUGUAAUGUGGUCUUGUAUGGAACCUUGUGCUAUGCAUGUUUUAU